AUGUUUUUUGAUCAUGAAUCAACAGUAGUUAUUACUAAACUCAAUAAUUUAUCUGAAUCAGUAUUAACUACUUAUUGUAAAAAAUAUGGUACUGUUCUUCGAUGUUCAAUUAAAACUUCCACGCAAGCUCGAAAUAAAGAUCCUUAUGCUCUAAUCAAAUUUGCUGAAGCAUCAAGUGUUUCUUCUAUUCUUAAUCAUCGUAAUCAUACAAUCAAUGGUGUACAUGUUGUAGUACGAAGUUAUUAUCAAAAUACAAAUAAUUCUGGUUCAACACAAACAUCAUCAAGCUUAGUGUCAUUAAACCAACAACAUCGAACUAAAUCUAAUAAUAAUAAUAAUAAUAAUAAUAAAAGUAACAACAAGAAUAAUAAUGAUAAUAAUAAUAAUAAUAACACUGAGAAUAGUAAUGAAACAACACGAAUGAGUUAUAAUCAAAUAACGCAAGAAAAUCAUACACUUAAGCAGGAAAAAGAUAAUCUUCUAAAGUUACUAUUUGAAGUAUAUUUAUAUUAUAAUACUGUUUACGAUAUGUACCAAUUUGAUCGUUCUUUUAUUCUUAAAGAAGCAGAGCAAGCUCUUACAAAUAAACUCAAAUCAGAAUAUGCAGCAAUGGUUGAAUCAUAUGAAGCUCGAUUAAAACAAUUACCAUCAUCAUCAUCGGUAUCAUCUUCUAUAAAAACAAUAGUUAAAGAUAAAAUAAAAGAAGAACCAAUGGAUUGUAAUUCUCAUACGAAACAUUCAACUAAUAAUGCACUUGAAAUGCAAAUAAUAAAAGAUCAUUUAGAACAAGCACAAAUUGAUUUAGGUAAAUGUCAAACUGAAAAUGCUCUACUUAAUGCUAAAUUAAUAUCACGUGAACAACAAUUUGAUAUACGUUUUAAAGAACUAAAUAAUAAAUAUAUGAAUGUGAAAAAACAAUAUGAACAUCUAUCAUCAUGUAUUAAAGAUUUUCAUGCAAAAUUAUAUCCAAAGAAACGAUUGAAAUCUGAAUUAAAAGAUGAUACUAUCAAUAAAUCUGAUCGAGAAAGUAGUAAUAAAAGUAAUGAUUCAAAUGAUGAUAUAAUGGAAAUAGAUCCAAUAUUAUCAUAA